CUUCGUGUUCAGUCAUCACUUUGCUGAGUCUGAGGAGGAGGUCUCUGUUUGCUCCAACAUGAGUGAAGGUAGCAGCGCUCUGCUCAGCAGGCUGCAGCAGUUGCAGUGUCACUUCACCUGGGAUCUGGACCUGGACGUGGACCUGGAAACCCUGAGCACUCGACUACAGAUCGACAUAGAUUUUCAUCAGCGUCAGCAUGAGGGAGAGAGUUGCACCUACAGCCUCUUGGCUUAUGUCAGGCAUCUUAAGGAUCAACGAGAGGAAGCGCUGUCACUUUUAAACCAAUCAGAGAAGACCAUCAGGGAGAGAUACGGUGAUGAGAGUGAGAAGCGGCUGAUUGUGACGUAUGGAGACAUGGCCUGGCUGAAAUAUCACGAUGGAGACUUUGCACAGUCACAAAGCUACUGUCAGAGAAUCGAGGACAUACUGGUGAAGUAUCCCACUGGUUCAUCAGGAAGUUUGCUUCCAGAGGUGUAUGGGGAACAAGGCUGGGCCUAUUUCAAGGUGUCGAGGUCUUCUAUAUCAAAAGCCAUCGACUGUUUUCGUAAAGCACUUGAGGUACAGCCUCAUGACACCGAGUGGAACGCCGGCUACGCCGUUGUCCUCUUUUGCGGAGAACAGUGGUUUGCAGAAAAUAAACAGGACGGGGAGGAAUCCAAAGCCACCAAACAGCUUCGCUUUGCAUUGGAGAUCAACCCAAAUAACGCUGCUCUGCAGUGCAUGCUGGCCAUGAAGCUGGUGGCCUAUAAGAAAUACGAAGAGGCUGAUGAUCUGGUGAAGAAAGCACUAGAAAAUGAUCCUGAUAACCCUCAUAUCCUCCGCCACUCAGGAAAAUACUUACUCAAUCAGAAUCGACUGGAUGAGGCUAUUGUUGUGUUUGAGCGAGGACUGAAAAGGGGCGAUCAAUUAUCUUCCUUCAACUACCAGCUGGCUAUGUGCUACAAGCAGAAGAAAAUUGCUGAACAGUGCUGCGGGCCCUUCAGCAACACAGAAGAGGAGGGUAAGUGGAGGCGUUGCUGUAUUAGUCACCUUGAAGAAGCUGUGGAGAUGAAACCAUCCUUUGUCCGGGUGUUGGCUGAACUGGCACUGUUGUACGCAGAGGAAGGGGAUUUGAGCAGGGCUGAGGAGACUUUCAAGCACUGCUUGGAGAAGUUACCAGAGUUGAAGGAGAAAAGGGUUUGUCUGAUUAUCCAUCAGUACUACGGUGACUUUCUUCAUUAUCACAUAAAAAAUGAGGCUCAAGCCAUCGCUCACUAUAAAGAGGAACUGAAGCAGAUCGCUGACAGGCGUCUGGCAAAGAAUUGGGGUGAUGGUGAAGCUCUCGCUCUGCUGGGUCAGGUGGCCAGAGCUGAGGGCGACAGGAAGAGAGCUGCUUUUUUUUAUGAGAAAGCUCUGAACUGUGACAAGGACAAUGAAGAGUACCUGUCUGCUCUGUGCGAGCUGCGCCUGGAGCUGCAGUGAUCAUCCUCUGAUUAAUCAGGAUCACUGCAAAAACUGGCUAUAACUAACUUACAAUCUUACAAGGAGCCAAAAGGUAUUUUAAUUUUGUUUUGGGAGUGACACAUUCAGAGAGAGCAGGAUGGAAUUCAUCUUUUACAAUAUGUAUUUUAUCUCUUAGCUUCUAAAUCAUAAAAUGUGUUAUUUAAUUGCAUAUUAGGUUAAUCGAUAUCACCAAGGCACUGAGAUGAUGCACUUGUGAAUGCUUGUCGGUCCCUCUGUGUAGCACCGUGCCUCUCGCCUUAUGGCAGCUGUGAUAAACCCUGAACUGGAAAAGCAGAGGAUGGAGGGACAUUAGUACACAUUUAAAUUAGUAUUUCUUUCUCCUUUUGCAGUUUCAUGUGAUCGUGUGUGGUGUAAAUGCUUUGUCUUGGUCCUUUAAUAUAAUUCUUGCUCAGUUGCUCUUGUUUUAAGAUAUUUUCCCUUAAAGUGACAAAGGAGUACAGAUAUUUUGAGUUUACUUGACAUAAUUUCUGAUGAUUUCUCACUUCAAUAAAUGCAAGACUUUGGAAGUAAUGAUGUAGAAAUACUUAGUGUAACAGUGUUUAUGCAUAUUAAACAGUAACAUGAGUACUUCCAUAUUCUCUCACACAGUUUUCCUCCUACUGAUUAAAAAUGGCAGCAAUCUGUAUUUUCACAUGGGGCAACUUUGAUAUAUGAUCACAGAACAAAACAUUUCUGGGGAGUUUUGGAUGAUGUGUGGAGCAGUAAAGUUGUGGAUUCUACUGUA